AUGUGGGAUGGAGGCCCACCCACCAGGGACCAGCCUGCUCAAGGUCUCCCUGCGGCCCCCGGCAGGCAGGGGUCCCCUCGCCUGACCCUGGGCCCUGUCUUGUUGCCCUCAGAGCAGGGCCUGGCCCCUACCAUGCUCCUCCCCAUCUCCCUGUACCACGUGGUGCCUCCAGGGGGCCCAAAGCUGCGUCCAGCCCUGGUGCCUGGUGGCCUGGAGGGGGCCAGCCUGCCCUUCAUCCUCAGCCCCCUGCUGCAGCCUGAAGGGCCCGGGUCCACCCCACUGGGGAAGCCGUCCACCCCCAUGCUGACCGUGAAUCUUGUCAGUGCUCUGCCUUUGCUAUCACCGGGCCCGAGCCCCUCACUGGGCAGCCCCAGCAAGGUGCGGAGCACAGGUAGGUACCUGUGCCCACACUGCGGCCGGGACUGCCUGAAACCCAGCGUGUUGGAGAAGCACAUCCGGUCACACACAGGUGAACGGCCCUUCCCCUGUGACACCUGCGGUAUCGCCUUCAAGACCCAGAGCAACCUGUACAAGCACAGACGUACCCAGACACACCUCAACAACUCACGCCGCUCCUCUGAGUCUGAUGGGGGUGGCAGCAACCUCCUAGAUGAGGCGGACAGGGCCGGAGAGCCCCCCGGAGUGGACAACAGUGGAACCAGCCGGAGCCACAGGGGAGAUGAAGGACCCUCCGAGAGCCUGGACGCCAAGCCGGAAACUGCUGCCUGUGGGGGGCUCUCAUUGGCUGAUGGGGAGGCCCCACCGGAUACUAGGCAGAAGUCUCCCGCAGCCAGCAAGCUGUGUUCUCUGCAGCGGCAGCUGGCCACAUCCUGGGAGAAGGCUUGGGAUACCAAGGGCUCCUCCGAGGGUCGGCUUCGAAAGUGUGAGAGCUCGGACUCUGGCUACCUGUCCCGCUCGGACAGUUCCGAGCAGCCAACGGUGCCCGCCAGCCCCCUGCGCAGCCUCUCUGAGCGCAGCGCCGACGGGGAGGGAGGCCCAGGGCCCGGGGAGCGACAGGACACGCAGGAACUGGAGAAGAGAUGGCUGGAGGAGCGCAUUGCGCGGCUCAUUUCACACAACCAGGCCGUGGUGGACGACCCGCAACUGGACACGGUGCGGCCCCGCAAAACGGUGCUCUCCAAGCAGGGCAGCAUCGACCUCCCCAUGCCCUAUACCUACAAGGACUCCUUCCACUUCGACAUGCGGGCUCUGGAGCCCGGCCGCAGGCGGCAGGCCACCAUGGGCUGGGCCGGCUCCACCUGCACCCCGCCAGACAAGACCCGGCCCCUCUCCUUUCAUUCUGUGUCCACCCAGUUCCGCACCACUAUGGAGUGUGUGUCUGUCACCAGAAGCAAUUCGCUACCCUUUGUCGAGAGCACCCGGACGUGGCAGGAAUGGGAGCCGGACCCCAAGGAGACGUGCCUUCGGAGACAGAGGCCACUGAGCCCCAGGCCUGCCCCUGCCCAGCUGGGCGGCAGCUGGCCUGCCAUGCCUAGCAGUCACCCCCGGGCUUUGGUCCGGCAGACUGCUGUGGAGGACCUGGCUGGUACUCCCUGUGGGGAGAGUCUGGUCCUUGCAGAGGACCCCCCGAAGACCACUGCCAUAGAGGGUACAGUCAGUAGGGGCAGGGGGUCCAGGAAGAGAGGUGACCAGCGCAGGCUGAAGAUGUUUUCUCAGGAGAAGUGGCGGGUAUAUAGGGACGAGACGUUUAAGAGAAUCUACCAGAAAGACCAGAUGAGAGUAGCUGCAUCUCCCCAGACAGAGGCCAAGCGGGCUGGAGUCACAAGGACCCCUGUCAGUGGGGAUGUCAAGACCCCUGUGUGUGGGGAAGAGAGGACCCCUGUCUUUGGGGACAUUCUCCCUCCUGCAACCAUGUCUUCUGGGUCUGAGUCAGAGCCCCGAGGAGGCGACCAGGCAGCCCCAGAAUUCUCCUUGGUGGCUGAGCCCCCCAAGUCCAGGCCAGAAUGCAGUGAUGAGCAGGAGGGGAAGGGGGCUGUGAAGCCCCCCAACCUCAGUUGCAGAGACGCUCCCUCUCUGGACCUUAAGACCCCUCAAGUUCCUCCAAAUGGGAGGGUGGAGCCAGCGGGUGACCUGUCUCUGGGGUCUGACCCCCUGAAUGGAGGAGACCCUGGUUGCAGUGAUAGGGGAGAGAAGGGAGCCCACCUGUGGAACACUCCAAGGCUGGCCAUCACUGGCCCUGGGCAGGCCCAAGCCACAGGGAACAGGCUCCCCUCAGAGAGGAAGAAGCUAAAAGUGGACGGGCUCGGGGACCAGGGCCAGCUGAAACGUCCAGGAGCGGGAGGUAACAGAGAAAAGACCCCUGAGGAUCCUGUACAGGCUUCCUCUCCGUCAGCCGGGGACAGUGACCUUGUGGAGAGACAGGGAGAGCUGCCUUCUAGUGCUGACUGCAUGGACCGUGGGAACCACAAUGGAACCUCAUCUGCUGCUUCUUCAGCUGUCCUGAGACAGGCUGGGCCCAGGGACAAGGAGCGCCCAUUGCAUCCUGCAGCUGUGCCCCCUGGGCCUCACUCCCAAGCCCCAGACAAUACCUUCACCCCAAAGUACCUCCUAAGGCUACCUCAGGGAGAGACCCCCUCUGAGCCACAGGCCUCGAAGGGAUGUGAACAGGGUCGGGGCCCUCUCUGCUGGAGAAGGUGGCCUGAGGAACAGGUUCCCUCUGUGGGGUCAGGGAGGAGCAUGCCUCGGUGCCCUGGGCCAGCCUCAGUCAGGGUCUCAGGAGAGACAGACAGCAUCCCUGAGGUACGGGAUGAGGUAGAAGGGACACAGGCCAGAGAGGAGGAUGAGGACAGUCUGCAAACAAGCCCCCCAACGUCCCGGAACCCAGCCGUUUUCAUAUCCACCUCUACACUUGGCUCCUGCUUGGCUCGGAACACAGAGGUGGAGACCCCCACUGUUCACCCUCUCUGUUUGGGUAGCACGUCCAGGCCCCCAGGAGUUGCCCCUAAUCCUUGGCCACCUGUCAGGGAGAAAGUCCUCGAUGCCCCUUCCUCGAGGUCACUCAACAGGCUCAGUGCUAGCUGUCCCUUCCAGUCUGGCUCCUUCUUUUCGGCCAUCACACAGCCCCCUGCCUGGCCCAAGCUGGCCUUGCCUCUCCACUCAGGGAACCCCAGGAGUUUGGGGACCAAGGGAGCCUUCCCCUCGCUGGGGACUGAGCCACGGCUGACAUGGUGUUGCUUGAGCCGAAGCCUCCCUCUUCCAGCGGAGCAGAAGGAGACCUCUUCUGUGUACUCGUUUCUGCAUCUUGUCAGAAGCAGCCCCCAGGACGAGGGUCCAGAAGGACGGACAGGGAUCAGCCGGGGAGACCCACCGUCUGUGCCAACAUCUAAGGUACAAAGGAGUGUUCCGGCAGAGUCAUGUUCAAUUAAGGGCCAGCAGACGGCGCAAAGCACACUGGGUGCUGAGAGGAAGCUGCCACCCUCCUUCACGCGAGGGACGGGACCCAUGCAAGCCCCUCCGGCGGCCUUCUUCUGA